UGUGGUGGAGAGAGACGGGCGAGCGAGGAGAAAGAAACAAACUCUCUCACGCACAUUUAAAGCACAACAACAACAACAACAACAACACCUGAUAUCCUACUCUCUCAUCGGGGAUCAAUCAGCCAAAUCGGGCAUCUUUACAUUUUUUGGGCUUUGUUGGAAAGAUUUUGGAGAUGUCUAACGUUCAGUUAUCGAGCAGCGCGCUGGAGAGGCUGGUGGCCAGGAGGACCUUCCCUCUCCACAGACGCACGAGCGUCUGCCGCAACCUCUUCGGGCCGGUAGAUCACGACGAACUGAGCCGGGAGAUGAAAACCAAGUUGCGGGAGAUUUCCGAGCUGGACCAACAGAGAUGGAACUUUAAUUUCGAGACCAGCACCCCGCUGGAUGGGGAUUACGAGUGGCAAGAGGUGCCCGUGGAUAAGACCCCGGUGUUUUACCAGGACUCUGUACAGAACGACAGGACCAGGGUGCCGGCGACGCCCGUCAAGAAGAUGCCUUCCUCGGACUCUGCUCCCCAGGAGAUCCCUCUCGUGGAUGUACAGGAGCGCUUGGCCUUGCCCGAGAGCACCAGCACUCCCUCCCCAGCUGAGGUCAACCAGGAGAACCGCACAGACAAGCUCAACUCAGGGAGGCCGACUCACAGACAGGUCCCGUGUGUUAGGCGCAAGAGGACGGCCACUACUGACAACAACACACACAUCACAGACUUCUUCGUGAAACGAAAGAGGGCUGCUGAUAGAAAAUCGAAUGAUAUGGGCGCCUGCCAUCACUCCAAGUCUCCAAUCCCAUUGGAACAAACUCCACGGAAGAGAAUCCGUUGAAGGUGGUUUUGCACUAUUUCCCAUCGCAUUUCGAUGACGGAGGGGAGAAUGUUUCUCCCUACUUCUUAAAUGCCUGGAGAAGAGAAAACGGGACCGGCCCGCUGCUGCGGCUCGGUGAGACCCGGCGGAGCGCAGCCUGAACACCGGACCAGACUCUCAGGACUGAACGGUUUGGGGGGGAGGGAGUGGAAAGAGAAAAAUUAUCGGAUUACUUAUCCAGUACAAAUGUAGCAUUCAUUGUUGCUUUUGCAUACAGCCACUCGACAGUGUUAAAUGUUUUAACAUCUGUGCAAUCCUAAAUUACUUUAAAAGAAUUGUCUACACUGGCCUAAAGUGUACAGCUUUAUAGAGACAAUAGCUUAUAAAUGUUUAUUUCUGUUCUGUUUCUGUAAAUGUAUAUUUUUAAGACUAUUCUAACUUAUAAUUUAUUUAUGUUUCUUUUAUAUUUGUUAAAUGCCUUGUUGAUUUAGCCAAAGGGCAUGUUUCUAAUUUUAUUUUAUUUUAUUAUUUCCAUUUUGUAUUGUGAUGUUUUUGCAAUCAUGUAGCUUCCCCAUAGUAGUCAACACUUGAAAAAAAUAGGUUUCUUUGUGUUUCUGAGCCGUUAAUUUGUGUUUUCAUAUAAGUGCCCUAAUUAUGUCUUGCAAAAGAUGAGAAUAAAAUAUUUUUCACUUCAACCUUAAA